CCAUACCAACACCCUGAUCAUCGCCAUAUGCCAUACCAGCGUCCUGAUCACCACUAUACCCCAUGCCAGUGUCCUGAUCGCUGCCAUACCCCAUACCAGCAUCCUGAUCACUGCCAUACCCCAUACCAGUAUUCUGAUCACCGCUAUACAACAUACAUGCGUUCUGAUCACCGCCAUACCCCAUACCAGUGUUCUGACACCGCCAUACCCCAUGCCAGCAUUCUGAUCACCGUCAUACAUCAUACCAGCAUCCUGAUCCCUGCCAUACCCCAUACUAGUGUCCUGAUCACCGCCAUA